GGGGAUUGGUCCCACAUUCUGAGGUUUUGAAGUUGCCUUGUUUGGAGGGGACCUUCAUGUGCCUUGCUUUGCCUCUGCCUCUUGCUUUCUUCUUUUGCAUGGCAUUUCCUUAUCUAUAAAUGCUCACCCAUCUUCUUGUUUUCACCAGUACCUCAUCAAAUCACAACUUCCUUCAAACUCUUAGCAUCCCCUUUUUUUUUUUUUUGUUUUCCUUCUCCAUUUAAAAAUUGGAAAAACCAUGAAGCAGGGUGCUCUGUCUACUGUUCUUCUCCUUUUCCUGAUUCUCAUAAUUUCUUCUUCAAAAUCAUCCGCUCGUUUCUUGACAACCAAACAAGGAGGAGAAGAUCAAACACUCAAUGAAAUCAUUAUAAGUGGGACUUCUGAUCUAGUAGAGUUGGAAGACAGUGAAUCUGCAAAUCAGCUAAUGGGAGUUGAGGAGUGCAAGAAGGAAGAUGAUGAAUGCUUGAAAAGAAGGAUAAUUGCAGAGGCUCAUUUGGACUAUAUCUACACCCAGCACCAUAAGCCUUGAGACUUUGAGGGAGAAAGAGACAGAGAGAGAGAGAGAGAGAGACUUCUACUUUAACCUUUAAGCACUCAUCCCUUCCCAUGUAAUGUUAUUAACUACCUCUAAUGGAUUUCCUUAACCACAAAGAGUAGCUAGAUCGGGAGUAGCUUGAUCGGGUUUCGACUUUCCUUUUAAUAUAUAUAAUGUGUAACACUGUAAGUACUAGAAGUCAGAAAUAUAUAAUAUAUAUGACUUAAUUUUUCUC